UCGAUGCUUGUCAAUAUCGAGACGUUUUGGAUUUGACUCCGCUUUCGGAACGCGAAUCGCGAUUUACAACAACUGUCAAAUGAUACUCCGUGUCCCGAGUGUGAACAGUGUAUCUGAAAUUAAGAUUUUCGUGUUUAUUCUCAUUUUUUAAGUGAGAUUUGUGUAAUCUACGUAAAUUAUAAUGCCAAUGCGUUAAUGUCUGUGAGUUUUUCGUGUGAUGCUAUAAAACUUUGAUUAUAAUGAAAGGAAUUUGUAGUGUUGUUGUGUUUUGUGAAUAGUCUACGGCUGUUGGAUCGGUACAUUAGCCUUUGUGGAUUAAAAAUAAGCACAAUUGCGUACCGCCAUGUUCAACUUUAUGAAAAAGUCGAAUGUCCUGACUGGUGACUCUGGCAGUUUCGAAGAACGGGAUGGAGACAAGGAGAGACGGAAAAAAGAAAAGAAGGAAAGAAAGGAGAGGGAGAAACGGGAGCGGAUAGCUGCUGGACUCGAAGAACCGUUGAGACUAGAAGAGGUUCGAAGAUCACUGAAGUUACGGGGACGACGUAAAGAAAAAGAGAAACUACCCUCCGGCAUUACAGCUGAUUAUACCGCCUCGCUAUUCGCUCAUCUCGAAAAAGAUUCCAAUUACUCUAACUAUCCGCUUAUUACUACCUCGGGAUCUAAUUCCAACCUUAGUGACGAAAACAACCAUUUAUCGCCUGGAUAUCCAACGCACAGUUGGAAUAAAAAGGAAGGAAUACUCCAAUCGGACAGUUCGGAAACAUCUCUGAACUCUUUGAACAAUCCAAAUAAUGUAAACAGCAGCCCUCGGCAAGCACCAAAUCUACCUCCGAUACCACCGCGCCCACCAAAGCGUGGGAUAUUGAAAGGUACUCGAUUAAGUAAUACUAGUUCUAAUUCUCAAGAAAGCAACAUCCAAAGUUCUGAUACCAUCGAUUACGUGAACGGUCAAGACCCAAAUGUGCUCGCGCGGAAUACGCAGCAGAAUGAACUUAUAUCUUAUGGUCUGGCUCCAUCAAAGAGCACUUCUUCGAGUGAUGACAUGCAACAAAUACAAAAUUUCACUAAAAAAGUUAUCCAUAGCCCUGUUGAAAACCAGUACAAAAAUUAUAAAAACAACACCAACUCUUCAAUAAAGACAAACGACAUCGAUGAAUCACCAAAGACAAAUGGGAACAGUUAUUUAGGAGUUACCUCUACAUCUCCCAGCGCGGACUCCUUAACCGAUACCACAACGAACUCUUCAUUUGCUACUCCUCCAUUUUCGACUUCACCAGUGGGUGAAUCUCAGGGUUUUCACAGAUGGUCUAGGACGAGCACAUUUGACGAUGUUUAUUUACCUCUACCAUCUCUAACUCCUCUACCGCUACCGAAACCUAGACUCUUAAGUAUUCAGCGUCAGAAAGCGCCUAGAAAUGAUUUCGGAUUUAGUCUUCGGCGCGCUAUGAUCCAAGAGAGAAUAUUUAUCGGUGACAUAAAAGACUUGACGGGUUACGAAGAGAAUGGAUUGCCUAAUGGUGACAAUAAAUAUAACGGCACCAAUGUUAUGAUCAGUAAAUUGAAUUAUAAAGCGGUGAUAUUGGCCGAGCCAGGUUCAUAUCCAGGGGCUAGUGAAACUGGCUUAUUACCUGGUGAUAGACUUAUAGAAGUUAAUGGAGUUAACGUUGAAGGGAAGAGUAGAGAAGAAGUGAUAGAAUUGAUAAAGAGCAGUCAAGACUCCGUGACAAUUAAGGUGCAACCGAUAGCAGAACUAUGUGAAUUAUCGCGACGGCGUGCUGCCGACGGUGGUGCUGAAGUGGACCUAUCAGAUAGCAAUGUACGGGGAGGAACACUGAGUCGCUCUGGGAGCAGAAGAUUCACCAGCACACAGGCAAAAUCGGAGGAGCAGUUGGCCUGCGAAAAAGAAUGGCUGCAAGCUGGGCACAUGUGGCUGGCUCACCGUGGUGGCUUCACCGCUGUCGUGAGGGAAGGAGACGCGGACGCUGGCAGGGCCAGUGUGCGAGUGCUGCAGACUGGGGAGGUCAUCACUGUGGACGAAGAUGAUUUGGAGAAGGCAAAUCCACCACAACUGGAGCGUUGCGAAGACAUUGCGUCUCUGCGUUGUCUGAACGAAUGCGGUGCUCUGCAUGUUUUGCGGUCGCGUUUCGCCGCAGCUUUGCCGCACGCCCGCGCUGGACAUGCCUUGCUGGUCCUCGGACCGCCGAGGCGCACCACCCCUGUCUAUACGGAAAAGGUGGCAGCCAUGUUUCGAGGCUGCCGAGUGGACGACAUGCCCCCGCACGUGUUCGCCGCGGCGCAGUCGGCGCACCGGUGCAUGCUGGCUUCGAGGAGAGACCGCGCUAUAGUGUUCCUUGGAAGAUCUGGUUCAGGGAAGACGUCAGCUAUGCGACACUGCGUGUGGUACUUAGCUAGCGCGUAUCCCGCGCAAGGGUCUAAGUUGACUCCGGAGCGUUUGGACGCGGCCUUAGAUGUUCUGCAUGCUUUCGGCUCUAGUCGGACGGGUUCAAACCCACACGCAUCUCGCUUCGUGUCGCUAACUUCGCUGGACUUCGACGGCGGCGGCGCGCUCGUGUCGGCUUCCGUGCAGAUUUUGUUGCCUGACCUUAAACCGGAGCAGACGGCUCUGCGCGCGCUCCAUACAUUAUUCCACGGCUGCGAUGGCCGUCUUCGUCGGGAGCUCCUCCUCGACCAAGCGCCGGUGAAUUCACCAAACAUCUGUGUCGGUUCCACGGAGAAGGCAGACGCACCGGCGGAGUUCUCCGCGUUGAAAGAAGCACUACAACACUUGGCCGUGACGGAGCAAGAGCAGAUGGCCAUUUGGAAGAUCUUGGCUGCUAUAUGCCAUUUGGGAUGGGCUGGUGUUGUGCGAGCGAACACAGGGUCCGCUCUGAAGUACCAAUUCGCGAACGCCGGGUGCGCGAGCCGCGCGGCGCGCUUGCUCGGCGUGGGUGCGGAAGAGAUCGCGCGCGCCAUCUUUACGCCGCCCACGCCGCCCUCGCCGCAACCCAACACUGCGGCUAGAACGCCUUCACCGUCGAACGAGAAAGAAGCACCAGGCUCAGAGGCCCUCGACGCCUUUAUUGCUGGACUUUACAACGAAACGUUCAACAUCGUCGCUGCUCUGGUCAAUAGGAGCCUGUCGACAUCAGCCCGCACGUCGGCGUCCAUCCUCCUGCUGGACACCCCCGGAGCAGACAACCCGAUGUGCGCGGGGCAGCAGAGCGGGGCCCCGCUGUCCAAGCUGUUGUCCAAUUACUUGCAGGAACGUCUCCAAGGCGUGUUCCACGAAGCGAUGCUGGUAGCGCCUCGGGAGCGUUACGCACAAGAGGGGAUCACUCUUGACGACGGGACUGAGGAGGAUUGGCUGUCAGAAACAGUGAACCCCGGCCCCAUGGUGGACUUGCUGGACAAAGCACCACAGAACACCAUCGUGCGCAGCUCACAAGCGGACCUGCGCGACUGUGAUCGACGGGGGUUGCUAUGGUUACUAGACGAAGAGUCCAUGUACCCGGGCUCAUCGGACGACACGUUCCUGGAGCGAGUGAUGGCGCACUACGGCGCGCCGCACCAGACACACUACCUCAUCAAGAAGGCGCCUCACAACAGGCAGUUCAUCCUGCAACACUUACAGGGAACUAACCCUGUGUUGUAUGACGUCAGCGGUUGGGUCAAAGCGAGCCGUGAGAACCCCGUCACGAAAAAGACCCACACGUUGCUUCAGGAGAGUCAGAACGAAGACAUAGGCCGCCUGUCGUCGUGGUCACGCGGCGCGUGCGGCGUGGGCGCUUCGUGGUCGGCCGCCGUGGGCGACGCGUCCACUCUACGCCGCGCUUCCUCCAUACGCAGAACACUCACUACUGGCGAUGCCUCUCCAUUUUGCCGAGCAUCGAUUAUUCGGCGUUCCCUUAAUUCUGGUACAGCGGGAAUGAAGCGGCGGUCUACGGCCUUGCAGGCGAAGUUCGUAGCGGACGGGAUCGUGGACACGCUGCGGCGGUGCGGCGCCGGCGGCGUGCAGUUCGUGUGCUGCCUCGUCACUAACCAGCUCAAUGAGGCGCAGGACAUAGUCAACAUACCGCUGCUUCGCUCGCAGUUCCGUGGUUUCCAAUUGCUCGACGCGGCGCGGCUGUACAAACAAGGCUUCCCCGAACAUAUGCCGCUCUCCGAAUUUGCUAGAAGAUAUCGACUCCUGGCCACGGCUGAAAACGAAAACACCGAUACAUCGCAAACGGCUUCCCUCUCUGAUCGACAAGUCGUCGACGAUAUGUUGCUGGCCUUGGACUUGGAUGUGACCAGCUACCGGCUAGGCCUUUCUCAGAUCAUGUUCCGCGGCGGCGUGGUGGGCGAACUGGACGCUCGCCGCGACGCCGCGCUGGCCCGCGUACUGGUACGCUUGCAGGCGAGGGCGCGCGGGCUGCUCGCGCGGCGUCGCGCGCAGCGUCUGCGCACGCAACACACUGCUGCCAGGUGCGUGCAGCGAAACGUGCGCGCGUUUUUGGCGGUGCGCGACUGGCCGUGGUGGCGGCUGCUGGUGCGCGUCACGCCACUGCUGGCCGUCCACCGCACGGAGCAUCGGCUCAAGCAGGCUCAGGACGAAUUGGAGACACUGCGUUCGAAGUUGGACAAAGUGGAAAACGAACGAACACAUUACAAAAACGAGACUGAAAAAUUGGAAACUAAGCUAUCCGAAGUGGGCGGUGAGCUAGCGGAGGAGCGCGCGGCGGCGGCGCUGGCAGCGGAGCGGGCGGACGCUGAGGCGGCCGAGCGGCUGCGAGUGGAGAGAGACAACAGGGAGUUCCUCGCUAACAACCAGCGGUUGCAACAGGCAUCAGAACGUCUGGAGCUCGAGCUGUUACACUGGCGAUCAGCAGAGAACGGUGGCGCCGAGCCUUCCGACUCCGAAGGUUCAGAGGCGGACGGCGGGAGCAGCGGCGAGAAGUACAAGCGACGGUUUGAGCGAGCUCACAGGGAGCUGCAGCUGUUGCGCGCGCAGCUGAGGAGACAACAUGAGGACGAUCUUGAACAACUCGUCACCGUCAAGAAACAACUUGAGAAGAAGGUGCAAGAUGCUUACGAGGAAGUGGAGGAGCAGCGCGCGGUGGCGGCGCAGUGGAAGCGCAAGCUGCAGAAGCUCACCAACGACAUGGCCGACCUGCGCUCCUUGCUCGACGAACAGACGUGCCGUAACAAUCUCCUGGAGAAACGCCAGCGCAAAUUCGACGCGGAGCUACACAGCGCGCAGGACGAGCUGAAGAGAGAGCGCUCAGCCAAGGACCGCCUGUCGCGCGAGCGGGACCAAGCGCACGCCGAGAAGUACGCCCUGGAGCAAAGUCUCUCUGAAGCUCGUAUGGAAAUCGAGCUGAAAGAGGAGCGGUUGGCGGCGGCGGCGCGCGAGCUUGAGGAGCGCGGCGGCGGUGGCGACGAGGUGGCCACGCUGCGUCGUGCCAAGACUGACCUGGAGCGACGCGUGCGCGACCAGGAGGAGGAGCUGGACGAGCUCGCGGGGCAGAUACAGCUUCUAGAAAGUUCUAAGCUUCGGCUGGAGAUGUUACUGGAACAGCAACGCAAAGAGGCGCGGCUGGAAGCGGUCGCGCGUGACGAAGAAAUGGAGGAGACUCGCGCCAAUGCUUCGAAAAAACUUAAGAUGCUGGAGAGCCAGCUCGAAAGUGAGCACGCAGAGCGCAGCCUGCUGCUACGCGAGCGCCACGAGCUGGAGCGCCGCCUCGCCUCGCUCGAGGAGACCGCGCGCGCCGAGAGCCAAGAGCAGGCGCAGCUCGUGCAGAGGCUGAAGAGAGAUCUGAAGAGAUACCGGGCACUGUUGCGAGACGCCCAGACGAUGCUGGAGCAGAAGGAGAAGGAGGGCGGCGGCAAGGCGCAGAUCAGACAGUUGAAGAACCAACUGGAAGACUUGGAGCUGGCAGUGCGCGCGGCUAACAAGGCGCGCUCGGCGGCCGAGGCGGAGGCGGCUGAGGCGACGGCCGCGGCGGAGGAGGCCUCGCGCGCCAAGGCCGAGGCGGCCGAGCGCGCGCACACCGCUUGCCGCGACGCUGCCGCCGCACGCGCCAUGCUCGACGACGCGGAAGAGGAGGCUGCUGAGUUGCUGAAGAAAUACCGCGCAAGUACGAGCGCGCUGUGCGCCACGCAGAGCGAGGCGCGCGAGGCGGAGUGCCGCGCCGAGGCGGCCGCGGAAGAGGCGAGGCAGUCCAAGGAGCGCCUCGCGGAGCUCAGCGCUCGCCUCGCGCACGCCGAGGCGGGCCACUCGCACGAACACCACGAGACGGAGCGGCGGUUGGAGCUGCGCAAUAAGGAGUUGGAAUCGAGCCUGGAACUGGAGGCGACGUCGCGCGCGCGGCUGGAGGGGCAGCUGGCGCGGCUGCGGGACGCGCACGAGGCGCUGGCGGGCGAGCUGGCGGCCGCGCGCGCCAAGGACCACCAGGCCGCCGAGGAGCUGCGCAAGCUCACCAGGCAACUCAGGGAGCUUAAAGAGGAGAACUCGUCCAUUAACGCGAAGCUCAGCGAAGCGACUCGCGCCAAGAGCGCCGCAGAGUCCGCUGCGGCCGCCGCAGCCGCAGAGGCGGCCGCAGCCAGAGACGAGGCGCGGCUAGCCGCGCGGCGCGCCACCGCCUUGCAAGAGGCAAUAGCCGGCGACCUGUCCAGUCCUGGGGACUCUAGAGAUACCGACAGUGAAAACGACAGUUACAGUUCAGAUGAAUCAAUAGGAACAUUCUUAGCGAAUCACAAGCUCAGUCCGUCGGCGCCUUCACGGAACAGCAUGCAGUUAGACUCGCAGAAGUCGCACAGCCCCGAAGGUCGCCAGAGCCGGUCGAGCGUCGGCUCGGUGUCGAAGCCGCUCACUCCGACGAAGGACUCGUUCGCAUAACAGCCGGCCUCCGCGGGCGGACUGCUCGCCGGCGCCCUGCCGCUGCUCUGCACCGCGCUCUGCACGAGGCAGAGGACUCCCUCCACGCACCUCGUCAUCGAGUGAAGUGACGUCACCGGACGAAGUGACGACACCGAACACAGUGUCAUUGAUAGUGCACCAAAGUGUCAUCGAGUGUCACGGAUUGCUAUAGUGUUUCACCACCCAUCACGUUAUCGAGUGAAGUGACGACACCGAACACAGUGUCAUAUAUAGUGCACCAAAGUGUCAUUGAGUGUCACGGAUUACUAUAGUGUUUCACCACCCAUCACGUUAUCGAGUGAAGUGACGUCACAGAGUGAUAUGACGUCACCGUACGUAGUGACGUUGGCGAACAUGUGAUAGAUAGUGCACCAAAAUGUUAUUGAAUGUUACGGAUUGCUAUAGUGUUCCUCCACCCAUCGCGUUAUCGAGUGAAGUGACGUCAGUGUGAUGUGACGUCACCGUACGUAGUGACGUUGGCGAAUAUGUGAUAGAUAGUGCACCAAAAUGUCAUUGAAUGUCACAGAUUGCAUUAGUGUUCCUCCACCCAUCAUGUUGUCGAGUGAAGUGACGUCACAGAACGAAGUGAGGUCACCGAACAUAUUUCAGUGUGAUAUAGUGCUGUUAUCGAGUGAAGUGACGUCACCGAACACGUCAAUGUGAAAAAUUGUGCACCAAUAUGUCAUUUAGUGUCACAGAUUGUAUAGAAGUGUUCCUCUACGCAUAUCGUCAACUGAAUUGAAAAAUAUCAUCAAACGAAGUGACGUCACAGAUUACAUCAAUGUGAAUAACAGGAAUCCGGAAUGUCAUCGAGUGUCAUGGAUUGUAAUUAAGUGUUCCUUUACUUAUCUUAUAUGAAUCGUUACAUCGACUAAAGUAGUGAUGUUACUGAACACAUGAAUGUGAAGUGUCACAGAUUGCAAUGCAGUACUAUCUAGUGCAAAAUUUUGUGACAUUUGAUCAUUGAAGAUGUGUCAUUAGCACAUUAUAACCAUGAAAGUCUUCUUAUUUAUAAUCUGGCUUAUUGCUGCCUAUGAUGAUUUUUGCAUAAAAUUAUAAAGUGCUAGAGGAAUUAUUUAAUGCGAAGUUAUUCAAUAAAUGACAAGCUGACAAAAUAAUAUGAUUAUUAAUUUGAAGAUACAAUUUUAUGAUAUAGUUAAUGAAAUGGUAGCAGCAUAUUUGUAAUAUUGAUGGACUUCAUUGUUAGUUAUGUGGUAAAACAAAGUAUUAUGAGCUGUCAAGUUUAUGAAUUUUGAAAAUCAAGACUCAAUAGCUCAACGGUAAGAACAGUCAGACUCAUCACCGAGGGGUGGUUCGAUCCCCGCUCCGUUGGUCGAUUGUCGUGCCCACUCCUAACACAGUAUUUCUCGGCUAAUUGGAGGGGAAUUUGAAUAUUGGCCAUAUUUAAAAAGAUAUGGCAAAUAUUUAAAAAAAAAAACAAUUAACAAGACUGAUUCUGCUCAAGUGCCUACUGACCAAUGAAUGCCAUCAAUAUAACAAAGGCAUUGUCUUUUUGCCUGCGCUAUAAACAUUAUAUUAUGGUAGAGGUUUUGUCUGAAGUAGAUGAAUGCUUUAAUAGUACUGAGUAAUAAAUAACUGUAGACUAAUUGAAUACGAGAGUGAUUUGUAUACACUUUUAUAACUUUUAUCAAUUUUUUAUUAAUCUCGAAACAAUAUAAAUCUAAAAAUAAAUAUAACAAUGAAUUAUUACACUUUGCUAUGAAUCUUUUUAGGACAUGAAAGUAUUAAAAAAUAUUGGCCAUAAAUUAUCUGCUCAAUAUUUUGACAUAUUGUAUACAAAAUGAAAUUUUGCUAAUAUAGCUGAUUAAUGUUUUAUCAUUAUAUAAAAAAAUGUAUUUAAAAUGUAACUUAUAUGAUUUAUGAUAAUGUGAUUUACAUAGACUAUUAUUAGCUUGCUAAAGAAAAUGUGGAGCUAAUGUUUUGCCAAGUAACACCAAGUUUUGUUUGAAAAAUGUAUGCAUUCCAGAAAAUAAUAUCUCGUAAUGUUCUUGGCUUAGCAUGUUUUUCACGUGUUCUUAAAGGCUAGGUCUAGAUCGUCGUAUGAAGACGCGCGAUUUAGAUCUUAACAGCUCUCUAUAUAUACCUGUAAAAAUAGAGUGCAUUUUUACAGGUCUUUUUAUAAAAUGCUAUCAAGAUCUAAAUCUGUAAUUAAAAACCUGUAAAAAUUACCAACAUAUUUGUUGUGCAUUACAAUGUGCCUAAGUUCUAUAUCCCUCCCUUCCAUUAAAGAAAUCACACAUCUCUUACAAUAAGCAUAAAUAUACCUAAAUUAUUUUUUAAUUCUUGUUAAGAUGACUGUUUCAUACCAGUCACUAAACAAAAAGUAAGUCUAUUUGAUAACAACUACUUUUUUAAUUUGACUUGUGAUUUACUAAUAUUUAUUUAAUAAAACCUCAUGAAAUUGUCGCGCGUCUUCAUGCGACAAUGUAGACCUACCCCAAACACAGGCAUAUUUAUACAUGGCUUGACAUAAUUUAUUUAUAUUAUUAGAAUUUGUAGAGAAUUAAUUGCGAGUAUUAAGAGUAAUCGUGCUGUGUUUCGACCAGCCAGUCAGUAUUUAGAUAAAAUAAGAAAUGGACACACAGUAUGUUAGGUUGAUUGUUAUUUAGUUAGUUAACUUGUAAAUAACUAGAUUGCAUAUACAGUUUUAUUAUUUAAUUUGUAAUAUUUGUGUGAUCAGACUGUUAUUCUAUGUUUUAUUUGUUACAAAAUGAGUUGUUGCUUUAUAGUAGACGAACAAACAUAUCUGUUAGUAGACUUUUACCACUCCCCACAUUGACAGUUUUUAAAGUAAUUUUAAUGUAUUAGCGAAUCUAUAAUCGUAAAUUAUAUUAACAUAAUAUUUCGAAUAUAUAUCUUAGUCACUUCUAAAUUUUUAACCUAGGUAUGUAUAACUUUUUAGAUUUGUGUCUGUAACCGCAAUUAUGAAAUUGUCUAUAUUAUAUGUGUAAUGUAUGAUAAUAUGUGAUGAAAUGUUACUGCAUUCGAUAUUGGUUGUAAAAUGAAUUAAAUAUUUAAUAAAGUAACUUGAACUUA